CUCUCCUCCCUCUCCCCACUCUGCUCCCUCCCUCCUCUCUCGCGCUCGGAUCGUGCAAGGCGCUCGCUCGGGCUGCUGUACGAAUCUUAACGGUCGCUGUCCUCCCCGGCGCCACCGGACCGAAGCCAUGCGCCGUGCGCUCUCCGCCUGCCUGGCGCUCUGGGCGCUGACAGCCGGCUACUCCGUCCACGCCGGCGUGGCGAUCUCCCCGCCGCCGCCGCCGGCGCGUUCCUCCUCCUCCUCGUCGUCGUCGUCGCCGGCACCGCCGCUCGCCGCCACGCCGUCGCCGGGCCGCGCCCGCAUGCACCUCGACCCGUCGGCGGCGCUGGGCCUGGAGCUGUACCACGCGCUGCGCGCCGCUGCCGGCGGUGCCACCCGCAACCUCCUCUUCUCGCCGCUCGCCGCCGCCGCCACCCUCGGCCUGGCCAAGAGGGCCGAGCCCGGCGACUCCGGUGGUGGUGGUGGUGGUGGUGGUGGCGGUGCCCGUGCAGCGGCACGCCGCGAGAUGCACGGAGGCGGUGGCACCGCGGACGCGGCAGCUCCGGCAGGCGCCGACCGCGGGGACCUGGGCUCCCCGGCGGCGGUGGUGGGGGGGGCCGCCCCCCCCCCGCCGCUCUCCGUGUCCGAGUGGAGCGACCAGGCCCGCCUCGCCAGCGCGCUCUUCCUGCGCGCCAACGCCACCGGCCCGGCGGAGGGGAACGGCAGCGGCGGUGACGGCGUCUACCGCCUGGGGGCCGUGAGCGCGCACGACGCCGCCGACUCCAUCAACAGCUGGGCCGAGCGCUGCACCGCCGGCGGCGUGCCGGAGCUGGUGACGGAGCAGGACGUGGGCGGCCCCAGCGGCGCUCGCUGGGGGGGGGCGGCGGACGGCGGCGGCGCCGCGCUGGUGAGCGCCGCCUGGUUCCACGGCCGCUGGCAGAGGGCCUUCCCCGCCGAGAACACGCGGCGCUUCCACUUCUCGCGGGACGACGGCGCCGAGACGCAGCUCUCCAUGAUGUACCAGCAGGCCGAGCUUCCCUACGCGGAGGUGAGCGAGGGCCAGCUGGUGGAGGUGCCGUGCGAGGGCGGCGAGCUGGCGCUGGUGCUGGCGCUGCCCCGGCAGGAGGUGCCGCUGGCGUCGCUGGAGCGGGCGCUGCGGCCGCGGCUGCUCAGCGACUGGAUCCACGCGCUCAAGCGCCAGCGCGUGGAGCUCUACCUGCCCAGGUUCCGCCUGGACGUGCGCACGGCGCUGGGCGAGGCGCUGGUGAAGAUCGGUCACGUGAAGGACGCUCUGGCGGCCGGCGGCGGCGGCGCUGGCGGUGGCGGUGGAGGGGCGGCGGCGCUGGCGGCCGCCUCGCUGCAGCGCGCCGUGCUGGACGUGACGGAGGACGGCACUGAAGCGCUGUCACCCGCCGGUCUGAAUUCCAUGGGCAAGUCCCCCGGGUACCUGUACCCGCAGGUGAUCGCCGACCACCCGUUCUUCUUCCUGCUGCGGAGCCGCGUCACAGGUGCGGUGCUGCUCAUGGGGCGUCUCACCGACCCGGACCCCGUGGCCGACGUGGACUUCAACGUGGACGUCCUCUAGGGGGCGUGCCAGGGACCAGCGUGGAACCGCCCCCCUCUCCUGAGCCCCCCCCCCCCAUUUCCCGCCUGCCCCCCUGCCCUUCCCCCCCUCCUAAACCCUCCCAGUCCCCCCCGUUCCCCCUCCUGACCUCCC